AUGACGGAUGUUCGGCAUCAGUCGCUAUCGAAGCCCUCGGAAACGCGGAUAGUGCUCUAUCGACACGAGUUCGGCAAGCAUCGGCAUCGCCAAUGGCGGUCGCCGUCGGCACUGCCGCUUCCGACGAUUCGCGAAGGGUGCCGAGCUUGUCCAAAACGCGCUCUGGGCCCGGCGGCCGCCGAGCGCACUGGCCGACGCUGGCCGGCUUCGAUCCGCGCAGCGAGCACAAGGUUCACACCGGACCAGUUUUUUUCUCCCCUUUCCCGCCGUAGCGAACAUCGCUUCUUUUUUCUUCUUCCCCGUUCUACUGCCCUGGACCGAAGUCCGACUGCUUGCACCAUUCGCUUCGACAUGUUGUCCCUCAAGCGCUCCAUCAGCUUCGUCGGCGAACGAACCAUCGCGUCGACCUCGGCCUCGUCGUCGAUAAGCGGUCGGGCGAGCACACGAGCGGCCCGAUGCGCGCGGCCGCGACCACCGUCGUCGAUCACGUGGUUCGUGCAGCACUCGUCGAUGCACACCUCGUCGGCACCCAAAACUUCGACGACGAUUUACUCGAGCGAGUCGAACGUAUCCUCGUCUCACCCACAUGCAUCGUCCUCGUCCUCCGAAGCCUCUGGUUCGGCGAGCAGCGGUGACAAGUCCAGGUCGGGACGGUCACGUGUCGGGGUCAUCGCCACCUCGGGUGUGCUCGCCGCCGUAGCGCUCGCCACAGCUUACCGACAAGUCACAGGGUACUCCGAUGCCGCUCACAACUCCUCGCUUUUCGCCAGCUCAUCUCGUGAUCCACUCAGCCUCCUCAGCCCCGCCGAGUUGCACGCCUCGACCUCGCACCUCGAUGAGGCCUCGCUCAAGCAGCUGCUGCGCCAAUACGUCGUCUAUUUGGGGUCCGAGCAAGCCGCGCUAGUCCAAGCCGGGCCACGGAUCCUGAAGCAGCUAGAAGCAUUGCGUGACAAUGUCCCUCUCGUGGGUCCGAUGGUGUGGAGCAUCUUUCGUUUCGUGAGUCCCGCUUGGUCUCGAUGUCGAGCUUCAGAGUGGUUAGAAGGCAUCGCUCAGACUCACGCGAUUGCGCAUACACGGCACACAGACUAUGAAGAACACGUUCUACGAUGUUUUUGUAGGUGGAGCGACCGUCACUGAAUGCGGCCCUCUCAUCGAAGACUGUCUCAACCGAGGGGUAAGUGCCCGCUUCUGAAGCUGAUGAGAUGUUAGAUGGGUUUUCCACUGACUGACGUCACUCGUUUGGUCUCCUCAGAUCGGCAUAUCGCUCAGCUACUCGGUCGAGGCUUCUGUCGAUGGAUCCGCUCAAGCUGUCGGUGUCAACGAGAAGCACAUCCGAGAGGCCGUCGAGGCACUCAAGGCAGCGGCCGUCUUUGGACCCAAGCCUCCGUCCACCGUGGCAUCCUCCAGCUCCAGCUCGGAGGCAACCCCCGUCGUGGCGACAGCUGCGUCUCACAUUCGACCUACUCUCCUUGCCAUCAAGUUGACCGGCUUUAUCUUCGAUCCGUCCCUCCUGGCCCGUGCAACGACCGCGCUUGUCGGAUCUUCCUCCCCCAUGCAGCUCUUCUCUCCCUCCACCGUUGUCCCCGAACACGGCGUGUCCCCCUUCCCCGCCUCGCCAGCUCUCUCGGAUGAAGACCACCGUCAGCUUGGUCAACUCUACGCAGGCCUGCGCCAGAUUUCGGCGACCGCUCGCGAGCAAGGCGUGCGCUUGCUCAUCGACGCCGAACAAAGCUGGUACCAGGAAGCGAUCGAUCAUUUAGCGACCUUGCUCGCGCUCGAAUUCAACGCCGCUCCUUCGACCACCGCCGAGUCAGUGCUCAGUCCUUCAAUCCCGAUCGUCUACAACACCUACCAAUGCUAUCGUCGCUCGACACCCGAACGACUAGCGGCGGAUAUGGCCUUUGCACGCGCCCACAACCUUAGCUUCGGUGCCAAACUUGUUCGAGGAGCUUACGUCGAGUACGAACGAAUGAGGCAUGCUAAGUUGGUCGAGCAAGGUCAAGCCGAGGGGGAGUGCUGCAUCUGGUCGUCCAAGGCAGAGACGGACGCGUGCUACGAUCGAUGCGCGGCGGUUAUGGUCGAACAGAUGGCGAAGGAUGCUAGGACGAUGACACCUGGAAUGGGUGGUAUCGGUCUCUUCGCUGCGACGCACAAUGGAACGAGUGUGCAGAAGGUCAUUGGCGGUCUGAGGGACGAGGGGCUCAUCAAGUUUAAGGAGGAUGGCUCGGCAGAGAUUGAUGACAAGUUGAGGGGCAGGCUCGUGUUCGGGCAACUCAUGGGUGAGUCGAAUAUGAUUACUCUUCCACCAUUGCAAGGGAACGACCGAAACUUAUUUAUCUACAUUCUUCCGUCCUUCCAGGUAUGUCCGACAACCUCACCUCGGCUGUUUCGCGCAUCCUAUCCCCCUCGGGAACGGCUCCUGUCAGCGAGCCCAGCGGCUUGCUGCCGUUGGUCGUCAAAUGGGCCCCUUAUUCCUCCAUCGACGAAGCCUUGCCUUAUCUUAUCAGAAGAGCGAACGAGAAUCAAUCCAUCUUGCAAUCAGAUCCGACGAGUGGACGUGGUGGAGCGAAGGAGGAACGUCGUGCGGUCGGGCGGGAGAUCCGUCGGCGGUUCGGGCUGGCUUUCUGA